AUGUCUGUAGAUAAACCCAAUUCUGAACAAGCUUGGUUCAAGUCAUGGAUCAAAACGCGUAACAUAAGGCUUGAAGAUUCUGUUCCUAACAUAACAAAUACGCGUGAACAACUUCUGCAAAGUCAUAAAUUAUUACAAGAUUUGAGAUCCAAAUUGAAUAAUUUAAAAGAAAUUCGAGAAUCUGCGAAUGAAAAUGAAUGGAAAGUUAACAUAGAAAGUCUCGAAAAUGUCAAGAAAACAUUAGAAUCUAAUUUUUCUUCAAUAGAUCAACAAUUCAUUGAAAAAGUUAAAUUUAAAUUAUCUAAAACUAGGCGUCAUAAGAAAUUACAAUCUGUUCGAGAUGAAAGACAACGUAGGCGAGAAACCUUACAUAAAACUAUUGACGAAUGGCGAACCGAAUGGAUAGCUAAAGAGUUAGCUCUGAAACGAGUAAAAAAAGUGAAAAAACUUCGCGAUCUUCGCAGAGAACGAUUAAAACGCGAAGGUCACUUCUUUCCCGAGGAAGAUGAUGAAUUUUUUAAUAGGAUUUCAACAUUAAAUGAUGCAAUGAAAGUUGAAGAAGCUCGUCUUAAUCAGGAGAGAGAUGCUGCUGCAGAACAUAAAAGAAAUGAAGCCAUGGAUGCAGGAAUGAAAGAACGAGAAAGAGAGAGAGAUCCUGUUUAUGAAUAUUGGCAUCAAGCUGAAUUUGAUUUAGACAAUUUGGUUUCAAUUAGGAGGCAAUGGGAUGCCUAUAUUGAUGAAACAGGAUCUGUUGGAUCUUCUUGCAUUCCACCAACAUUUGUAAACCCAUCACCACCAGCCAAUUAUAUUUGGGCAUCUUGCUUAAUGCACGGUUCUCCAUAA